GCCAGUCAUUCGCCUGCUGCUGAAAAAUUAACUUCGGCAUAAUUUAGUUGGUCUUUGUCUUUCGCUGUGCUCGUUACGUUUCGUUGCCUCGUUCCGUCGUUUUCAAAGGAUUCCACUUAAAGCCGCAGCAACAAUAACAAGAAAAUCAACGUCGCGAAUAUCAAAUACGAAAUUCACAGCACACUUUUCAGCAGAACUGCUCAGUUGCUUAACAGUUUAAUAUUGAAACUGAAGUUCGGCCCAUCUUCAAGUGGUUGCUCUCCCUCUUGUAAAAAAUCGAAAUCGCUGUGAAAAUAAAUUGAUUUUUUGUGCUGCCCAAAAAAGCGAGCACGACCCGUAAUAAAAUACACCGGUAGUAGAAGUCCACACAUAUCCCAGCAGCGCACAUCCAGUUCUUUACUUGUGUGAAAGGAACUAGAGCUCAUCAUGCUAAUUGGAUUAGUACGCGACUCCGUUAUGCAGUGCUUCUGCCACACGUGCCGAGCACCCGGAAUUCUGCCAGCGGUGUCAAGGAGAUCUGCGCCAAUAAAGAAAAAUAAUAAGAUUCGUUCCAAGCAGCCGCGGCUCAGCAAGAAAGUCAAAUUUAUAACCACAGAGAUUCGAUGCCAGGAGAAGUCCCGCGGAGGAUUGAGCUAUGAGGUCAUCCUGGCCGAGCCGGCACCCAACGUGGCCGUUCCCAAGCGACCGGUGACCCCCGGGAAGAACGUGAGCGUUGAGGAAAUUGAGCAAAAGCUAAAGGCGGCAGAAGAGCGUCGUAUUUCUUUAGAAGCUAAGAAGAUGGCUGAUAUUUCCAACAAGCUUGCCAAGGUUGAGGAAGCCACUCGCAAAAAGGAUGAGAUUACCAAUGAGUUCAUAACUCAGACCAAGGAGCAGCUGGAGUCUAAAAUGGAGCAGCAUGUAGAGAAACGAGACGCCAUCAUCAGUGACAUGAAGGAGAAGCUGAAGAUUCAUGCGCAGGAGAUCGAAAAGACGCGUGAGACUCUUGAGCAGCAGAAGGCCAACGAGCAGAAGGCAAUCGAAGAAAAAUUGAAAAUUGCCCAGUCUUUGCGUGAUGAAAAUAUUAAGAAAAUGUUGGAUCGUCUAAAAGAGCAUAACACAAUCAAAAUUGCCGAAAUCAAAUCGCAGAACGAUCAAUUGGAAUGUCAAAAGCUCGAGGAGAAAGCUCGCAUUUAUGAGAACAAAUUGUUCGCCGCAGAGCAAAAGCGCGAGAAGGAAUUGCAAAAGAAAAUUGAAAAAGUCCAAAAACUCGAGCGUCGUGCCGAGCUAGUGCGCCAGAACAAGGCCCAGGCCCAGGAAAUAGAUGGCCAGCAGAACCCCAUUGUCUCAUCCGGCUAGAGAGGUCGAUAUUGCAUCGAGAGCUGUGCUCACUUACUGCAAACAUGGCGACUACAAAAAGAAUAGCAACACUGCAUAAUACACCAACACAUAUUUAAGCAAGAAAACUAUUUAAAAUUAAACCAAUUUCUUCAAAA